AUGGGCCUGUUACUUAAUCUGGCCGUGCAGAAACGGAGAGCAGAUCACAUAGCAGAGCGUAGAGGGGGUAAAAAUGAGUAUAUCUGCAGCAAGCGUUACAUUAAUAGGAGUGUGGUGAUCCCAGCAGCACACCAAAGCUUUGACUGGUGCUCUUUUCCUCCAGAGGAUGAAGAGUGUCUCAUCAGUGGUACCAGGUAUUCUGUUGUCAGCUCUGAAUUACGACGAGAUUUUGGCAUCAAGCGUUUAGCAGAGUACCUGAAGCGGAGCCACAACUCCUUGGUCCUGCAGCUGCUCUCCUUCCUGUUCCUGACUGGGCUCCUGACGAUCAUUCUUGUCCUAGUCUCAAAGGUCCCCAGCUCCCAGGUUCAGAAUAAAAUCUACCAGGAGCUCAGGCAGCUGAAGACCAAAGUUCAUGAUGGUUUCUGUCAACCCUGCCCCAGGGACUGGAUGUUCUUCCAUGAAAACUGUUAUUUCUUUUCCAAGUCCCAACGAAACUGGCACAACUCCCUCACAACCUGCCAGGAACUGGGGGCCCAGUUGGUCAUCAUAGAGACUAACGGGGAGCAGACCUUCCUGCAGCAGACUUCUAAGGCUAGAGGACCAACCUGGAUGGGGCUGUCCGACGUGCAUAGUGAGGCCACAUGGCACCGGGUGGAUGGAUCACCUCUGUCACCCAGCUUUACACAGUAUUGGAAUAAAGGGGAGCCAAACAACGUCGGUGACGAAGAUUGUGCAGAGUUCUCUGGAGAUGGCUGGAAUGACUUCAACUGUGAUGCUGUAAUUUUCUGGAUCUGCAAGAAGGCGUCAACCUCACCAUGCACUACCAAAUGA